GCGGCGGAGAGUGCGGCGGAAGUGGCCAGUGAGCCCCCGCUGACGACAUGCUGCCCCUGUCGUUGCUGAAGACUGCGCAGAACCACCCCAUGUUGGUGGAGCUCAAGAAUGGGGAGACAUACAACGGACACCUGGUGAGCUGCGACAACUGGAUGAACAUCAACCUGCGCGAGGUCAUCUGCACGUCCCGGGAUGGGGACAAGUUCUGGCGCAUGCCUGAGUGCUACAUCCGCGGCAGCACCAUCAAGUACCUGCGCAUCCCUGACGAGAUCAUCGACAUGGUCAAGGAGGAGGUGGUGGCCAAGGGCCGUGGGCGUGGUGGGCUGCAGCAGCAGAAGCAGCAGCGGGGCCGCGGCCUGGGCAGCGCGGGGCGAGGAGUGUUUGGCGGCCGGGGUCGUGGUGGCCUACCGGGCACAGGCCGGGGACAGCCUGAGAAGAAGCCAGGAAGACAGGCGGGCAAGCAGUGAGGGU